AUGCACAAGCCGGGAUUGAAAAUUCUGUUUUGUGGCGGGGACUAUCGCUACGCCAGGGAAGACAAGGGCGUCGAAGUGCAGCUGCUGCUGUUCGAAUCGUUCGGCGGGUUCGGAAAGGGGGUCCGUGAGAUCCUCCGGAGAGCGGCGGACGUGCUACAGAACAAGCUGACGCGGGCCCAGUACCUCGAUGAGGUGACCUGGACCACCAAGAGCUGGCUGGGGCUGCAGAAGCAGCGCAUCUCAGUCGUUCUUCACACGGCCAUCGCAGAGCAGGUCGUGAAUGAGCUUGCCUGUGCGGCGGGGGUGGGCGGGUGCACGGAGCUAACCGGGCAAAAUGCCCCCAAGCAGACGAAUCCCAAGGGCGGCAUGCCGGGGCUCACACCGGCAAAGAAGGCCAAUAGCCAGUCGCAGCUGGCGUCGUCUGGACAAGACGCUGCCAAAUACAGUGCCUAUCGACUGAAGCUGCAAGCGGCGUACUGCCCGAGCGCUAGCACUAAGCUAGAUGCGAGGGCCUACUCGUUUUCGCAAAAGAUGAAGGAGGUGGGCGAUCGGCUCAAACAGGCAACGAGUGAGGAGGACAAGAAGAGCCUGGCGGCGGAGAAGAAGAAGCUCACCGAGGAUCGAGGCAAGAUGUAUGCGGAAGAGGGGAAGAAGGCGUCCACACGGAGCACGGACGAGAAGAAGACGUUCGCCGCAGCGAACGCGGCGAUAUACAAGGCCGGAUAUGCCAAGUAUUGUACGGAAGACAUUGCCUCGAGUGACGAGCUGUGUACCAACCCGCUGAUGAAGAAGGUAUACGGGCCGAAGAAGGCAGCACCGGCGUAG